AAGAGGUGGGAACUAAAAAAAAACAAUCCACAGCAUUCUUCUUCAAAAAUUGCAUGUCAAUUCUUUGCUUUCAGAUUCAAACUCAACAGUCAUCUCAUCGAGCUCCCAAUCCCUCCAGAUCGAACGGUCAAAAACAAUCCAAUCACAAUCAAAGUCGAUGAUCCCUCAGUCACUCUCUCUCUCUCGGAUUCUCUCUUGACGAAAAUACUCUAAAUGCAUCCCCGAGCACCGCCGAAGCGGUCGUCCGUUUCGAGUUUCGAGUCUCGGGUUUCGGUUCUCUUGCUCGCUAUGUUUGCCACCAUGGCCACGGUUUACGUCGCUGGCCGGCUAUGGCAGGAUGCGCAGACCAGAGCGUAUUUGAUUCAAGAGCUUGAUAAACGAAAUGGGCAGGGUCAAUCUGCCAUAUCUGUUGACGAUACACUAAAACGUAUAGGCUGCAGGGAACAGCAGAAGAAGCUGUCAAACCUUGAGAUGGACCUGGCUGCAGCUAGACAGGGGGGUUUUGUUCCAAAGCAGUUGUCAAAAAUUGAUGGGACUCGAUCUAAGAAAAAGAUUUUGGCUGUCAUAGGAAUUAUUACAACAUUUGGCGGAAAGAAAAAGAGAGAUGCUAUUCGCAAGGCAUGGAUGCCAACUGGUGCAGCUCUAGAAAAAUUGGCAGAUGAAAAGGGCAUCAUUGUGCGAUUUGUAAUAGGAAGAAGUGCAAAUCGUGGAGACAGUCUGGACAAACAAAUUGACGACGAAAAUAGGCAGACCAACGAUUUCAUCAUUCUUGAAGGUCAAGGGGAGCCACCUGAGGAGCUUCCAAGAAAUACGAAAUCAUUUUUUAUUCAUGCAGUAGAGAAUUGGGAUGCUGAGUUUUAUGCUAAGGUCAAUGAUGAUGUGUAUGUUAACAUUGAUGCCCUGGGAGCAAUGCUAACUACACAUCUGGAUGAGCCUCGUCUUUAUAUUGGGUGUAUGAAAUCAGGCGAAGUUUUUUCUGAGCCGACCCACAUAUGGUAUGAACCAGACUGGUGGAAAUUCGGUGAUAAAAAAGGAUACUUUCAACAUGCUUCUGGGGAGUUAUAUGUCAUUUCAAAAACACUGGCUCAGUUCAUCUCAAUAAACAGAUCUAGUCUUCGUAUGUAUGCUCAUGAUGAUGUUAGCACUGGAUCAUGGUUUAUUGGGCUUGAUGUGAAGCACAUUAAUGAAGGGAAGUUUUGCUGCUCCUGGUCGUCAGGGGCUAUUUGUGCAGCUGUGUGACUUGAGUUGUCUCCAUAAUGAGUUAAAGAAACCACAUUGGUACAUAUAUAGCAAGGGAAGACCAUUAUUCCCAUCACACCAGGUGUGUGUUUUUUACCGAAUUCGCGAAGUGAUACAGGAUUUUUUUUUUUUUUUUUUCUGCCAAAAGUUGAUUUCUGGCUGUCUCGAAGCAUGAAUUUCUUGCUUUGAGAGAUUUUGAGUACAGAUCCUAACCUGCUAAUCAGUAAUUUUCAAGAGGCUGCAAUGGAUAUAGGAAUCGAACGUAGUUCUCAUCCUCAAAAGACUUUGAAAGAUCUAGUGCAAUCCUAUGCAUGAUGUAUUGUAAUCAGCUCUAUUUUCCCCCUCAUUCUUUCGAUUUUUUUUUUUUUUUUGAAGAGUUUUUCUGUAUAUUUUUGUCAAAAGUCUAGAAAUAAAUUGUACACUCAAGCUGAGGAUUUCAUAUAUUAGGACAAUUGGAACUUGAGGGUGAAAAACUAAAAAAGGUACAUGCAUGAGUAUAUAUGAUCGCAUGUUUCCACUGGGAUCAUGCACUCUUUAUAUAAAUAC